GGAAACUUCUAGCUAGCUCUGACACCUGCUUGUCAGCACAGCUAUAAAAGUGACCACUCUAGCUGCUUGGACAGAACACUGCCAGCUGACAGGGGACAAAGCAGUGCUCCAGAGCUCAAGCAAGGUAUUGCAGCCCAGUUUGCAGCAGGACAAGAAUGGCGAUGAAUGUUUUCUUCCCUCCUAUGCAUGUUCUGGAGAAAAGACUGUGGCCCGGGUGGCCAAUUUUGAGUCUCCCCGGGCGAGAAGACAGCAUGUUCCAGCAGCUCCAGCGUGAAAUGAACAACGAAAUAGAGAGGAUGGAGAGAAUAUUCCAAUGGGUUGAACAGCUCAGCACUCAAAUGUUGUCCAAAAGUGGCUUUCCUGAGAUGCUGCAGCAGCCUCCCAUAAGCAGGAUCCAGAUUGAAGCGCCACAAGAGCAGGGAGACGGCUUUGUUGCAUGCCUGGACGUGCAGCAGUUCUCCCCGGAAGAUCUGGCCGUGAAGGUGUCUGGAGACAAGCUGGUGGUGGCCGGACGGCGCGAGGUGAAGAGCGGAGAAGGCAGCAGCGGCAGCUACAGCCACAGCUGCCAGGAGUUCCGGGAGGAGAUGCAGCUGCCCAAGGACGUGGACCCGCAGAGCGUGUGCUGUAGCAUGACCGACGACGGGAAGCUGAAGAUCAAGGCUCAGCGCCGUGCCCUCCCUGCUGCGGAUGAGAGGGUGGUGGCCAUUGAGGUGCAGCGUGCACCUCCUGCCAUCGCAGCAGCGGCAGCUGGGAGCCCGGCUGACGGAAGCCCAGCCAAGACCCCCACCAGCGCAUAAUGCACUAUCGGUCGUUUUGCGUGGCAACUUUAGCGUCUCAUAACCUAUUUGGGAUUUAAGAUAGACUCAUAUAUAUUAAUGCUUUGAAAUAGAAAUAUUAUAUUUAUAGUACUUUUCUGUGCUAAACGUUAGCGAAUGUUUUGUGAGUAAACUCAAAAGUGAUUGUUGUUUUAAUUAGUGCAGCACAAUACUUUGCUGUAUGCGUUUUAAUCUACUUAACAUGAAGGUUAAUAUGUGAUUAAAUAUAACAUCAAUGAUACAUAAUUGUCUUCAAUGAUGAAAUUUCUAUAUUGAUGCAAUUUACAGUGUUCAAUAUUAUGCAAUUCUAUAUAAUACAGUAAUUGGUAAUUAUACAUUUCCACAAGAGGAAAUUAGAAAGUAUAUUAAGGAAGCGGCAAUUCAAUCAGCCAAUUAACGGAUGCAUAUGCAUUUUGUGUACAGUAUUUUUAAACAACUAUGAAGUGGCAUUUACCAACUGUGAAAUGGGACAUGAUUUCCAAAGCUGUAUGAUAAUUGUCUAGAGUAUCAACUAAGAUACUUAACCCUUAAACUCAGACUGCCUAAAAUCCUCAAUAAAGUCACAUUUUUGUCACACAUCACCUAAAAAAAAUGUUAAUGCCCAGUUAAUUAGAACAGUAUUUUACAAUAAGAUGGUGCGUGUGUAUGUGCAUGCAUAUUCAUUGUUUAACUGUAAAGAUAUCUUUAAAAUUGUAUGUUAUACUGAUGUUAUGUUUUACAUUGAUUUGGCACUGUAGGUGCAAGUUUUGAAAGCAGUUAUAGAUAGAAGAUGAUGCAGUGCAGUUUCAAUUUGUAACUGCAUACCAACAGAACAACAAUUGUAAGCAGUUACGAGAACCGUCUCUAUAGAGUAAUUUGUCAGCUCUGAAAAAGAGAUAGUUACUUUUGGAAUAAUCUCCACCUCAACUCCUAUUGACUUUCCCCUCACAACGUCAUACUUUAAAUGUAACACAAUGUCGUGUUCUCUUUACAGCAGAUAAUUAUUUUAACUCUUUAGCUGGUGAUUGACGUCGGGCUAAAAUUGCGUAGCCUGCAUUGGUGUGCUUUAAAUAAACGUUGUAACUCAAG